AUGCACUGGUGGGACCGUCAACUAUUCCAAAGCCAGGAGACUUUGCUUGCAGCUAUCACCACCGCAAAUUUGUUUAUUACAAUUGGUUCAUCGAGAGUCACAGCUGAAACCAAGGAUACAAUCGAGAGCCAUGAACAAAACUUGGUCCAAGCAAUUACCAACCUCAACGUGGUUAUAGACCAAAUCCAUCAGCAGCAGCAAAGCUUGCCUGUAGCCCUGCUUGGAGGCCUACCUGUACAGGCAAUUGCACGGGAAGAGCUUAUAAGUGAGCUUGACAAUGGGGUUGCUGUGUUGACAUCAUCUGGGAAGACUUUCGAGGGGCUCCUUUCCGCUACGACUCAGUUGAAAUCCCAACAGAGGUUUGGCGGCAUUCAGGUCACCGAUGAUAGCCGAGCUCUACUAGGCAUUAUGAACCCUUCUGCGGGGAGUUCUCAAAUAACCCAAACCAUGACUAACAUUUCGAUUGUCCGGGGUGGGCGUGGAAUUAUCGGUGUGGCGAACAACCUGGAUAUCAACAAGUUCUUUGAUUGA